GGAGCACAUCUGCAAAUUAAGCAGAUAGAUUCCCCUCUAUCAGGCUGUCUCUCCAUGCCACAAGCCCCCUGUGCUGUCAGAGAAGAUUCCUCAAAGUGCUCACAUUUGAAUCCCAAUUACAUAGAAAGAUUUCGGAGGACGCAAAAAACCCCUAUCAGCCAGAUACUGACCACAGUAUGGCCCAGUCAGCAGAUGAAAUGUCACUGCAGGUGGUAUCAGCCGUCAGUAAUUCGUCCUUGCUUCAGCCGGGCUUCUCUCUCCUGAAUUUUGACGGGCAUGUUUUCUUUUUUGGGCAGAAAGGAUGGCCAAAGAGAUCCUGUCCCACUGGUGUUUUCCUCCUCGAUACAAAGCAGAAUGAGCUCAAAAUGAAACCUGCCUUCUUCUCUAAAGACUCAUGUUACCUCCCCCCUCUCCGCUACCCUGCUCUUUGCACGCUCAGAGGCAAUGCGGAGUCUGAUGAGUACCAGUAUAUCAUCCAUGGUGGUAAAACACCUAACAAUGACCUUUCUGAUAAGAUUUACAUUAUGAGUCUGGUAAGCAAAAAUAGCAAGAAAAUCACGUUCCAAUGCGUUGAGAAAGACCUGGCUGGAGAUGUCCCUGAAGCUAGAUAUGGGCAUACAAUUAACAUAGUUCAUAGCCGGGGAAAAAGCAUGAGCGUUAUAUUUGGAGGGAGAGCAUAUACUCCUCUUGCACAAAGAACCACUGAAAAAUGGAACAGUGUAGUUGACUGUUUGCCAUCUAUCUUUCUCGUUGAUUUUGAGUUUGGAUGCUGUACGUCAUACAUACUUCCAGAGCUUCAAGAUGGACUUUCUUUCCACGUUUCAGUUGCCAGAAAUGAUACAAUCUACAUUUUGGGAGGCCAUUCACUUCAAAAUAACACCAGGUCCCCCAGCCUGUACAGGCUAAAAGUUGAUCUCCCACUGGGCAGCCCAGCCGUGACCUGCACCAUCUUGCCAGGGGGGAUAUCUGUGUCAAGUGCUAUAGUGACUCAAACUGGUGAUACCGAAUUUGUCCUUGUCGGGGGCUACCAGUCUGACAAUCAGAAACGGUUGGUGUGUAACACCAUAGUUCUGGAAGAUAAUAAGAUAGAGAUUGUUGAAAGGGCAAGCCCGGACUGGACACCAGAUAUUAAACACUGCAGGAUGUGGUUUGGCUGUGAUAUGGGCAAAGGAUCUGUAUUGCUGGGCAUUCCAGGGGCCAACAAACAGUUAAUCUCAGAUGCAAACUACUUCUACAUUUUGAGAUGCAAAGGAGCAGAAGAGGACAAGGAGGAAGAACUGACAGCACAAACUUGCAGUCAGACAUCGACCGAAGACCCUGGAGACUCCACUCCAUUUGAAGAUUCGGAAGAGUUUUGUUUUAGUGCUGAAGCCAAUAGCUUUGAUGUUGAUGAUACUGACACUUACAAUGAAGAUGAUGAAGAAGAUGAAUCAGAAACAGGCUACUGGAUCACCUGCUCUGCCAGUUGCAAUAUUGACAUUAACACCUGGGUCCCUUUCUAUUCGACAGAACUCAACAAGCCUGCAAUGAUCCUGUGUUCCAGCGGGGCUGGCCACUGGGUCCACGCACAAUGUAUGGAUCUCUCAGAGAGCAUGCUCCUACAUCUUUCAGAAGCAAAUGUCAAGUACUUCUGCAACGAGCAUGUUGACCUCAAUAAAGGGCUACAAACUCCCAAAAAGGUGGUGCACCUGAAAAAGCAACCCAUGAAACCAUUGCGCAAAAAGACAACCAUGAAGUUAACAACGCCCACGAAAAAGUCCUUUCUUCGGAGAUUGUUUGAAUAGAUUUACACUGCUGAUUUGUAUUCACCUGGGAGGAAUUGAAAUCACAGUCAAAGACAGCUAGUAAUGGUUGAAGCAGAAUCGGUUAUUGGAGCUCGAAGAGAUCUUUCUAUUUAAUUGAUUUCAAUUAUCUCAAUAUUUCAGUUACAUUUCAAAGCUCAUGAAUUUAUUUUGUCUCUUAUGUGUAUUUUUAUAAUAUCCGGAUAGGAACCCCAUCAUAGAGGGC